AUGUCAGACAUGAAAGCAACCGUGUCAGAGACCAAGUCGGCCUCCGGCCACGACGGCUUCCACGUCACGGGAUACGAGAAGAUCGAGUACGACUUCACCUUCAUCGACGGCAUCUUUGACGUCAAGAACAGUAACCUGGCCGACUGCUACAAGAAAUGGGGUCGCUGCUUGGCCGUUACCGACCAGAACAUCUACAAUGUGUACGGCCCGGAGAUGGAGAAGUAUUUCGAGCACUAUGGCCUUGAGCUGCGUAUCCACAAGACCAAGAUUGGCGAGAAGAUCAAGACGAUGCCCACUCUGUUGAGUAUCGUCGAUUCCAUGAAUGACUUCGGUAUCUACCGCAAAGAGCCUGUCUUGGUCGUGGGAGGGGGCCUCGUUACUGAUGUUGCUGGAUUUGCCUGCGCUGCCUACAAGCGAAAUACCAACUUCAUCCGCAUUCCCACCACGGUCAUCGGCCUCAUCGACGCCUCGGUAUCGAUCAAGGUCGCAGUCAACUACGGCAGUCACAAGAAUAAGCUCGGGGCAUACCAUGCUCCCAUGCACACAUUCCUCGACUUUACCUUCCUCCGGACGCUUUCCACCGCCCAGAUACGCAACGGCUUCGCAGAGCUGAUCAAGAUCUCGACCUGCUCGCACCUGGAAAUCUUCAACCUGCUGGACAAAUACUGCGAAGACCUGAUCGAGAAGUCCUUUGGGCGCGCCGAUGGCUCGCCUCAGGAAUUGAUCGACGCGGCAGACAAGAUCAACCGCGAGGGGAUCUUCGAGAUGCUGAGGUUGGAGACGCCCAACCUCCACGAGAUAGGUCUCGACCGAGUCAUUGCGUAUGGCCACACCUGGUCGCCCAUCCACGAGCUUGCCCCCGAGACACCGCUCCGCCACGGUCACGCCAUCUCCAUCGACAUGGCUUACUCCGCCACGCUUGCCAACAACCGCAAGCUCAUCUCCGACGAUGAGCACCGCCGCCUGCUGCAGCUCUUCUCCCGGGCCGGUCUCUCCAUGGACCACCACCAGUUCGACGAGGCCAUGCUCGUCAAGGCCACGGCCGCCAUCCUCAAGACACGCGACGGCCUCCUGCGUGCCGCCGUCCCCAACCCCAUCGGCCGCUGUACCUUCCUCAACGACGUCUCGGCUGACGAGAUGAACGCCGCGCUGCGCCGACACAAGCAGCUCAUGAAAGAAUACCCCCGCAAUGGCGAGGGCAUCGAGGCCUACGUCGAUGCGUCCGACACGGGCUACACGGAGAAUCCCCAGGCCGAGGCGCAGCGCAUGAUCGAGGCGGCUGCGAAGAAGGCUGCUGGUGGCAGCUUGAACGGGAGCGGUGCGAGUAAUGGCGUGAACGGAUCCGCGAACGGUACGACGAAUGGUGCCAACGGCGUCACGAAUAACGGCUCGCACAGUCUCAACGGCCAUGCAGCUGCAGUCCACGCCCCGGCCAUGCCAAGCGGUCUGACAAACGGCGCAUCUGCCAAGCUGAAUGGGCUCAAGGCGUGA